AUGAUAGUGAGCACGUUUGGCUCCACACCGGGCGCUGUGCUCAUCGAGUGGAGCUUGAAAGCCGCAUCGGGAUCUGGAAUGUGGGAUGUUCAUACUCGCAUUGGCGGUUUACAAGGUUCUCAACAGCAGGUCGCUCAAUGCCCGACAACUGCUGCAGUCUCUGCCGACUGUGAGGUUGCUUCUAUGUCCAUGCAGGUUACCAGUAUGGCUACUGGUGUCUACCUCGAGAACGGUUGGCUCUGGACCGCUGAUCAUGACCUCGAAAGCUCAACUAACACCCAGAUCUUUGUGUACACUGGCCGCGGCCUCUUGAUAGAGGGACAGAACAUAUGGCUGUACGAAAUGGCAGUAGAGCACCACUCUCUAUAUCAGUAUCAAUUCUCAGGCGCAAAGUCUAUUACUGCAGGAUACAUUCAAACGGAAACGCCAUACUACCAGCCAAACCCCAGCGCAGCUAACAGUCCAUAUCCAACUAACUCCAACCUCAAUGACCUCAGCUACAGUAGUUGUCUCGGUGAAAAUUGUGACGCUCUUGGUCUGCGCGUGCUCAACUCCAACAGCGUCGUUAUCUAUGGAGCUGGAUUCAUUGAGGGUACCACGAGCGGUCUGGUGGUAUACGGACUCAAUACUGUUGGUGUGACUUAUAUGAUCGUGAAGGCUGGCGCUGCCCUGGCGAAGGUCAGCGACAACUUGGAUACAUUCGCUGCUACCAUUGCAUACUUUACUUCGGAAGGUAUCUUGCUGUGA